GCGCGGACAUGCGACACGAGUAGCCCGCGCGCUUCGGAAGCACCGGAGGACCCCCUUCGGCCUGGGCGCGGCAAGAGGACGGGGGUUAAAAUGAAUGAAGACCUGAAGGUCAAUUUAAGCGGGCUGCCUCGGGAUUAUUUAGAUGCUGGCGCUUCGGAGAACGUCUCGGCGGCUGUCUCCUCCCAGGUUCCUGUUGUAGAGCCAGAGCCAGAGCUCGUUGUCAACCCCUGGGACAUUGUCUUGUGUACCUCAGGAACCCUCAUCUCCUGUGAAAAUGCCAUUGUGGUCCUUAUCAUCUUCCAUAACCCCAGCCUGCGAGCACCCAUGUUCCUGCUGAUAGGCAGCCUGGCUCUUGCAGACUUGCUGGCCGGCAUCGGACUCAUCAUCAAUUUUGUUUUUGCCUACCUGCUUCAGUCAGAAGCCACCAAGCUGGUCACAAUUGGACUCAUUGUCGCCUCUUUCUCUGCCUCUGUCUGCAGCUUGCUGGCUAUCACUGUUGACCGCUACCUCUCCCUGUAUUACGCUCUGACAUACCACUCGGAGAGGACGGUCACAUUCACCUAUGUCAUGCUCAUUAUGCUCUGGGGGACCUCCAUCUGCCUGGGACUGCUGCCUGUCAUGGGCUGGAACUGCCUCAGAGACGAGUCCACCUGCAGCGUGGUCAGACCUCUCACCAAGAACAACGCGGCCAUCCUCUCCGUCUCCUUCCUCUUCAUGUUUGCGCUCAUGCUUCAGCUGUACAUCCAAAUCUGCAAGAUUGUGAUGAGGCACGCCCACCAGAUAGCCCUGCAGCAUCACUUCCUGGCCACGUCCCACUACGUGACCACCCGGAAGGGGGUCUCCACCCUGGCCAUCAUUCUGGGGACCUUUGCUGCUUGCUGGAUGCCUUUCACCCUCUAUUCCUUGAUAGCUGAUUACACCUACCCCUCCAUCUACACCUACGCCACCCUCCUGCCCGCCACCUACAACUCCAUCAUCAACCCCGUCAUUUAUGCUUUCAGAAACCAAGAGAUCCAGAAAGCCCUCUGUCUUAUUUGCUGCGGCUGCGUCCCCUCCAGCCUCUCACAGAGAGCGCGGUCACCCAGCGAUGUGUAGCAGCGUUCCCCCUUAGGAGGACACCCUGCCCACUCCGUUCUGCAUUUACCAAGCACUUCCACUGCCCGGCCAAAUGGUUGAGACUGCUGUCCUUAAAUUCUUUCUCUCGGAUUCUAUCUUGAGCCACGGGAGCACUAGGCAUUGUAGAUGAGUCAAGUGAGUGAAGUGAAAAUAAUGUUGCCAGUGUUUUCAACCUUAAAAAAAGAGAAAAAAAAUGACCGAGUUCUUUGCUCAAGAUUAUUUUGUUCUGUUUC